AUGGUCCAGACCCAGGUCGAGGGCGGCUCCACGUUGUUUAAGUACGAUUAUUAUGGGGAGGAGGCCUACCUCACCCAGUCGAGCCAGCUGUAUCUCGAGACGGUCAUGCAGUCGUUGGGUAACGUGUACUGCAUUGAGAAGUCGUUCCGGGCGGAGAAGAGCUUGACGAGGCGUCACUUGUCCGAGUACACGCACGUGGAAGCCGAGCUCGACUUCAUCGAGUUCAACGACCUGCUGGACCACCUCGAGGAGAUGAUCUCGCGGGUGGUGGACAAGGUGCUGGCGGACGAGACGAUGCGCGGGUACGUUGAGACGCUCAACCCGGGCUUCCAGAAGCCGACGCGGCCCUACAUGCGCAUGAAGUACGAGGAGGCCAUCGAGUGGCUCAACAAGCAGGACCCGCCUAUCCUCAACGAGGACGGCAACCCGCACGUGUUCGGCGACGACAUCGCCGAGGCCGCCGAGCGCCGCAUGACCGACAUCAUCAACCGUCCCAUCUUCCUUACGCACUUCCCCGUCGAGAUCAAGGCGUUUUAUAUGAAGAAGGACCCGCAGGAUCUGAGGGUUACUGAGUCUGUCGAUGUAUUGAGUAUGUUUUUUCUUUUUUCUUUUUUUUUUUUCUACCCCAAGAGAUGGUGCAUACAUGGGAAGAUACUGACUUUGCAACCAGUGCCUGGUGUUGGCGAGAUCGUCGGUGGUUCCAUGAGAAUGGACAACUACGACGAGCUGAUCGAGGCGUACAAGAAGAACGGCAUCCCGCACGAGCCCUACUACUGGUACACUGACCAGAGGAAGUAA